UUCCGGCUCUCCUGCCGUGGCCCCGCCUCUUCCGGCUUGUGGUGAACCAUGGCGCAGGGACAGCGCAAGUUCCAGGCGCAGAAACCUAAAAGCAAGACAGCGGCUGCGGCGGAGCGGAGCCGAGGGCCGAGGAAAGGCGGUCGGGUCAUCGCUCCCAAGAAGGCGCGCGUCGUGCAGCAGCAGAAGCUGAAGAAGAGCCUGGAAGUGGGGAUCCGGAAGAAGAUUGAGCAUGACGUGGUGAUGAAGGCCAGCUCCAGCCUGCCUAAGAAGCUCGCACUGCUGAAGGGGGCGUCAAAGAAGACAGGGGCCCCCGCCCCCAGCAAGACACCCUCCUAAAGGCCCUGGGACAGCAAUGGGCAGGUGACCGUAAAGCCUGAAGCCAGCUCCCCGGGGUACCGAAGAGGCAAUCGGCUUCCUGUGGGCUCAGGGCCUAUCUCUACUGGGUGACACAUUGUGAUGAACCUGGCUCUGUUGUCCCUCCAGCCCUCAAGCAGUCCAGUGAGGAGCUUUUGGGGGCUAGGUGAGCCUCACUGGUCUCCACAAGAAACUUCUCCCACCCACGCAGUGCCCUUGACAGCCACAGACCCGAGACAUGGCAGUGACAUCUGUACCUGAAGCUGGCAGCUGGGUAUAGUCUCUUCCCUGGGUCCUGGGUUGCCCCUGCCCCCCAGGUCACCCCCUGCAGUCAUCUAAUGUUAAUUGUCCUAUACCUGAAGAAGGGUUCCAUAUCUUCAGUGAGGUACCACCUCACCCUGUCAGACUAGUGGUCCAGAGCCACUUGGGGACGCUCCAGUGUUACCCAAUAAAGCUGUGCUCACAGAGA